CUACGUACUGAAUAGAUAUGCCAGCGCGUCCGUCGGAGGAUUAUUCAAUAUAGUCGUUACCGUUUGUAGAAAAAUUCCAACGAAAUGUGAUGAAAUGUAUCAUCGACCAAAUCAAUGGUUUCCUUGCGUUGUAUGUACAUACAUAAUACGGAUGAAAUAUUAGCGUACAGACUUUGAAUGAGUAGAGACGACGUUUCUCACGCCCCGUUCAAUUUCUCCUGGGUUGUACCGGGUAAACUUGCUUGUACAGGAUGGCCCCAAACUCAAGAGAAUAUACAGUUCCUGGCGGAUAAAGGCAUCACGCAUUUGGUUACUUUAAGCCGUGAAAGGAGACCCCCGUUUGAAGCUAUUCCGAUUGGCAUGAAUUGGACGGAAAUUCCAAUAGAAGAAUUCGAAGCGCCCACCUUGGCGGAAGUUGAUAGAUUUAUAGAUAUUUGCCGAAGAGCUGAGGUCGACGGCGGCUUGCAGGUAGUCUGUGUGCAUUGUUAUCACGGUCGAGGUCGAACAGGUGUGAUGGCUGCCUGUUACUUGGUUAAAUUUCAAGAUCUUGCACCUGAACGUGCCAUUACGAAUUUGAGAAUGAUGCGUCCUGGUAGCGUUGAAACCUACGCUCAGGAACGUUUUGUCAUAAAAUACCACGACGCCUUACGACGCGAGUAG